UCGAGCUCCAAGAUGGCGGAGGAUGGUGCGGAGGCUCCGGCGCCCUCGGUGGUCGCCCCGGCGGUGGUCCCCAGCCCGGCUGGAGCGUGGCCGGACUUCGCCGUGGUGUGCUCCUUCCUGGAGCGGUACGGCGCUGCGCUGGACCUGCCCGAGCUGACGUUCCCGGAGCUGGAAGAGGCGCUGGAGGAGAGCGGAGCAGUAUCCAAGGCACUGGUUGAGCUCCACCUGAAGCUGAUGAGGAAAAUCGGAAAGUCCGUUACACUUGACAGAUGGGAAAAAUACUUAAUCAAGAUCUGUCAGGACUACAACAGCACGUGGGCCUGGGAGAUGGAGAAGAAGGGCUACCAGGAGAUGAGCGUGGAGUGUAAAGUGGGAUUGCUGAAGCACUUGUGCGAGUGUCAGUUUGAUGACAAUCUGAAGUUUAAAAACGCCAUCAAUGAAGAGGAUGCCGACGCCAUGCGCCUACAGCCACUGGGGCGGGAUAAGGACGGCCUAAUGUACUGGUAUCAACUGGAUCAGGAGCACAAUAUCCGCAUGUACAUUGAGGAGCAGGAUGACCAAGACGGGUCUACGUGGAAAUGCAUAGUCAGGACCAGGAACGAGCUGGCAGAAACCUUGGAACUGCUGAAAGCACAAAUAGACCCGGCAUUACUGAAGAAAUCUGAGCCACCGGAAAGUUCAUCUCGCGAAAGUCCCAAUCCGGAGGACGAAAACAUCAAAAAAGAAGAAAAUGAAGAGAAGCCUGCAGACGACUUAGACCAAGCUGGUAUAAAAGAGAAGGCGAAUGCGUUGGAAAAGCCUACAAGCCCUUGCCCAGCUGAAAAUGGCGGCAGCUUUAAAACCGAUGGCGAGAAACCUUUGAAAACAUGCAGUGAAAUAAAAACGGAACCUGCCUCAGAUGUGAAGGAAGAGACGCAAACUGCCAAAGAAGAAAGUGACUGCUUCAAGGAGAACAUAAAGCCAGUAAUAGUGGAGAAUAAAGAUGAAAAAGCAGAGCCAAAAGACUUAAAGGAAUCUACAGGGAACUCUGACAAGACUCUACCACCCCAGGAGCCUGAACGCUCCGAGAUAUCGGUCAUUGUCAAACGCACUGAAGAACAUGUUGAAAAAUCCGUAGAGGACACGGGGAAGAUGAAGAAUGACCAGCAGGCUAAGAUCCCGUUGAAAAAACGGGAGCUUAAGCUGACUGAGGAUUUUGACAGCCAAGUUAAGACAUCGCUGUGCAAGUCCAAGACUCCUACGAAAGAGCUGCUACAAAAAGAGGAAGGAAAACAAGAUGAUGGCACAAAGACUUCUGUGGGAACUUGUACUGCUGCUGAAGGGAAGCAGCUGGUAAAUGGUGAUUUGACAUGCGACAAAUCACACAAAGUACAGGAUCAUGCGGAGAUUAGUUCCAUUCCAACAAGGGAAUCUGUGAUUGGCUCAACGAAGAAUGAAAGUCGUAUAACAAAUGAGAGAAAUCCCAGCGUCAUCAAAAGUUUACAAGAAGUUAAAGAGAACGGCAAAAAAAGUCUGAUGGCAUUAAGCAGUGACCCAAUCACCCCGUUGCUGGAAGAGCCCCCUCAGAAAGCUUCCGUCAAGAUAGUUCCAUGCGAAGCUGGCUUGGAAAAAAGUAGUGCAGAAGCCAAAGUAGGAGAAGCGAAGAAGGAGAAAUCCGUUUCAGACUGUGAUAAAGAAAAGCAGAUUCAGAUCAAGGGAGACGCAAGUAGUUCAGAUUCUGUGGACAAGCCCAAGGUUCUUGAUAAACCUGUCAAGGUAUCUCCCACAGUUGACAAUGUGAAGGAAGGAACUGGAAAACCAGAGGAGCCCGUUUCGGAGACCCUCUGUAACGAUGAUGAACUAGGUACAGAUAGGAGGAAAGAGGAGCCUGAAUCAAAGAGAAAAGAUAGGAAAGCUAAAAGAAAUGCAACUACAAGAAGGAGAUUUCCGAUAUCAAAAAGGACUUCCAUGAAGAAUUCAACACUGAAGCCUGAGAAAUCCAGUGAAAAUAAAGAAAAAGAAGGAAAUGAAGUAAGAAAGGAACCCGAGGUGCCUAAUGAUAAAGUUGAGGAAAAUGAAAAAAAUGCAGAGGAUACUGCAGUGUUAGUGAAGAAAUCAUUUACUCUGAGGAGCAAACGUAAGGAGAAGUCCUCUGUAAAGGAAGGUGACGCCGCAGAGCCAUUAGACUCUAAAGGGGCGGAGAAGGACAAAGUGGAUGGGACCGCAUCAGCAGAACAGGAGAAGACCUCUGAAAAGCCAUCUCUGGUUUCAAAAAAUAAACACAAGUUAAAGCCUGUGCCAGAAGACGAGAACAGCGGACCUGAGAGCAAGGAGAUGACUUCGGAGAGGCAGAAAGAUGGCAUCAAGCUGACCAUCCGGAUCUCCAGCAAGCGGAGGAGGCCAGAAUUGCCUGUGGAGAACAUCGCUGUGGAGGAUGCGGAUGAUGCAGAGACUGAGGAAAACAUCGGGAGGAGACUGAGGCGGUCUCCUCGGAUCUCCCGACCUUCUGCAAAAGUAACGGAAGUCAAAGAGCAGAAGCCUGAAAAAAAGGAAAGCGAUGAAGAGGAGUUGCCUGAGCCACCAAAAGUGGAAAAGGCGAGAAAAGCUGAAAGGGAGCCAAGCCAGAAAAUAAAGAAGAAACCCAGGCAGAGGAGAAGGGCACGCUGGACCAACUCCCGAUCGCGCCGCAGGCGCAAAUCCUCUAGUGAGGAGGAAACGGAGGAGUCUGAUAGUGAAGAUGAUUCAGAGGAGGGUUCGGAAAAUGAAGAAAAGGUGGAUGGUGUACCAGGGGAAGAUGAUGAACCGUGCAAGAAGUGUGGUCUUCCCAACCACCCCGAGCUGAUUUUGCUGUGUGACUCGUGUGAUAGCGGAUAUCAUACAGCCUGUCUCCGACCGCCCCUGAUGAUCAUUCCUGAUGGAGAAUGGUUUUGUCCUCCUUGCCAACAUAAAUUACUGUGUGAGAAGCUUGAGGAGCAGUUACAGAAUCUAGAUGUCGUCUUGAAGAAGAAAGAGCGGGCAGAGAGAAGGAAAGAACGGUUGGUUUACGUUGGAAUCAGUAUUGAGAACAUUAUUCCUACUCAAGAAACCGAGGAAGUGCCAGAAGUACAAGUAAAGGAGGAAAAGAAGAAGAAAAAGCCCAAGCCACUGGAAAGGCGGUCUACGAGAGCCCGAAAAUUCAUCAGUUACAGGUUUGAUGAAUUUGAUGAGGCGAUUGAUGAAGCAAUAGAAGAUGACAUCCGAGAUGCAGAUGGCGGCGGUGGUGAGUGUGGUGGCCGGGGAAAGGAUAUGGCCAACAUCACUGGUAACCGCGGCAAAGACAUAUCCACCAUCUUGGAAGGAGAAAAACCAGAGGGAAAACGGCCUCAAAGGGCCGUUACACGGCGCAAAAAACGCCGGCGAUUAAACGACCUGGACAGUGACAGCAAUGUGGAUGAAGAAGAGAGUGAAGAUGAGUUCCAGAUAAGUGAAGGCUCUCAGGAUGAAUUUGUCGUGUCUGAAGAAAACCCAGAUGAAAGUGAUGACCAGCAGUCGAACGACAGUGACUUUGGCACUCGCCGGCCGCGACGACACUAUAGGCGGCCUAUGAGGCAGAGUAGGCGACUGAAGAGGCGGUCUGUGAGGAGAAGAUACUCGGACGAUGAUGAUGAAGAUGAAUCCGAAGAGGAUGAACAAGCCACUGAGACUGAAGCGAGUAGUGAUUACAGCGAUGACUACCUGGACACCAGGAGGAGGAGGUCACGGAGAAAUCAGAAACGGCAGGUCAAUUACAAGGAGGAUUCAGAGAGCGAUGGCUCGCAGAAAGGAGCUCGCCGCGGACGUGGGAAAGAAAUGAGACGAGUACUUAAACGUAGAUUCUCCAGCUCUGAAAGCAAUGAGAGCGACUCCAAUGUCGAAAAGCCUCUCAACGCAAGGAAGUCCUUGCUGAGGAAACGCAUCAGAAGUUCAGACGACGACCUUUCUGAAGAGGAGGAGAAGCCCGUCCGGAAGCGACUGAAUCGCAUCGAGACGGAUGACGAGGAGGAAGGAGACUCCAAGGUUAGCAGCAGCAAAAAGACUCCCACAGAGGAUAAGCCCCCUGCAUCCACCACUAUCCCGGAGGGCACUAAAAAGCCUUGUUAUCGGAUAGAGAGUGACGACGAUGACUUUGAAACUGUUACAAAAGAUGGCAGCCCUUUGGACUACAGCUUGGUGGAUUUGCCUUCCACGAAUGGGCAAAGCCCAGAAAAAACUAUUGAAACUUUAAUUGGGAAACCAAGCGAAAAGAGUCAGACUUCUAAGGACGCUUCAGCCGCAGUCAGCCAGGCUUCCAAUGGGACGGGUAGCAGCCAGGAAGCGGUGGUACCAGAGGAAGACGAGGAUGAGCUACUGCGAGUAACUGACCUUGUGGAUUAUGUCUGUAACAGUGAACAGUUAUAAGACCUCACCUCUUCCAUUUUUGUGCUUAUUUAUUCCACAGUAGCUCAUACCAGCGGGCCAGUUAUAAAGAGCGGUUUUAUUCCUCCUAGAAAGUCCUCGUCACUACAGAUUUUACCUUUUUUAUAGAAGCGGAUGUUUGACCAGUCAUGCAGUCUUUCUGUGAAGUGACCAGUUUUUGAACUCUGAAAUGAUCAUUUCUGUACAUUUUCUUCGUCUUCUUUUUUUUUUUUUUUAAAUAAUUUUCUCUCAUUGCAUUUGUGGUCAUGCGUAAUUUCACUGACUGAAACCACCUUAGAAUGAAAGAAGCUUGUGGUUCCUUGGGAAAUUUGUGAAGAGGGUUGGGAAGAGCAUCAUGCAUUCCAGAUGUCCCAAUAAAUACACAAUUAUUUUUCUUUAGGGAGCAAAAUCCAAACGGGGGGGUAAAUAAAAAGGGCGGGAGGGAGAGUAAAACGGGGGAGUAAGCACUUGAUGCUUUUAGCUUUUUUUUCAUAUGAGAUAUAUAUUCUAUUUAAAUACUCAGUACUUAGGUGACGAUAAACAGUCAGUUCUAAAUAAAAAUUACCAACUACUUUACUGUUGCUUUGUGAGUCUUAGAUAUACGGUUGGUCGCCCCAUUGGUUUUUUUUUUUGUAUACCUGGGGGUAAAUUUACUAAAGUGGGAGAUUUUUAGAACUGGUGAUGUUGCCCAUAGCAACCAAUCAGAUUAUAUCUAUUAUCUGAUAGAAGCAGCUAGAUAAAUGGUAAGUAGAAUCUGAUUGGUUGCCAUGGGCAACAACACCAGUUCUAAAAAUCUCCCGCCUUAGUAAAUUUACCCCAUAGUCUAGAUUUCACAGUGACCACAAGAUGUAUAUUUAACCACUUCUGUGUCAGAAGGCCCCUAUAACACAUUCUGUUGCAACUUACUGCUGUCAAUUCUAAACUUGAUCCAGAAAAAAAAAAUGCCUUUUUGUUUUUCUUUUGUUUUACUCUUGGUUUUCCUUGCGUGUGUAAAGAAUGGGAAGACGAGUGCGUUAUGAUACGUGGAGUCUCCUUUUUUUUCUAUUGGUGUGCCACAUGUGGUAUGAUGGUUUAACCUGCCUUCUGUUGUGAUACUUGUGAGGCUUCUACUGGUGCCUAACUGUGUUCUGGAGGCUGACCUCGCUAACUACUCACUGUUGGUUAGCGCUGGCAAUUAGCGAGUGUCGUCAUUUAAUUUAUAGUAACGGGAAAGGGAAUCUUUAUUAGCUCCUCGCAUGGGCGGAGAUUUAUCAAAGUUUGAGGAGAUGAAGGGGUCUAUUCAUGAAGCAGUGAAAAGUGUGGAGAAGUUGCCUGUGGCAACCAAUCAGCAUUGAAGUAACAUUUAUAAUUUGCAUACUAUACAAUUGUAUGGAGCAGUUGAUUGGUUGCCAUGGGCAACUUCUCCACUGGAUCACUUCUCCAAUCUUUCCACUGCUUCAUGAUUAGACCCUAAAGUGGAUAGAGCUGAAGUACCCACCAAUCCACUCCCAACUGUCACUUUUUAAACGCAGCCUGUAAAAUAAGUUAGAACCUGAUUGGUUGGUAGUUUAUCUCUCUCAACGGUUUGAUAAAUCUCCCACAUGGUGAUAAAAUUUGGUAUAAUUGGUUGUAGUGGUGACACCCUGGAUUCUUAUGCACAUUUGUAAGAAAAUCCUUAAAAACUUAAGCACCUGUGCCUCAGACUACAUUGUUUUCAGUGAUGAAGAAAGCUUGCAAUGAAGAUCAAUGGCCCAAGUGUAUUAAUCCUUAAAAAGAGUGAUAAAGUACCAACCAAUCCGCUUCCUAGCUGCCACGUUACAGGAUGUUUGAAAAAGGACAGGAGCUGAUUGGCUGGUACUUUAUCAAUCUCCACUUUAUCACUUUUUAAAGAUUAAUACAUUUGGGCCAAUGAUGACUGUUCUAUGGGCAGUUUAGAAAGUGCAUGGGGUUCAAGCACCAUCCUCCACUUUCUAUAUAGCCUGUAUGCAGCUUGUUCAGCUUCGUGUGAUAAAUGAUCCCUCUUACACCCCUUCCGUUUGUAGCUGUAUAAAUCAAGUAUCCAGGCAGUAAUAGGGCAGAAAUGAAAAAUGCUUCAAAUUGAAGUUCGUAGAAUCAUGACUUAAUAUCUAUUUGUUUGGUAAUAGACGUAGAUUUUUAGGAAUAGUUAGCGGCUGAUAAAUCCUUCAAUUGUCCGCUUUUUAGUUAUAACGUGUGUCUCAGAUUCGCUUUUGCUUCCAGUAUUUAGAAAAGGAGCAUGCGGGAAGAAGUGUGGCUUCCCGGGAACGGUUUUCUUAUUCCUCUAACCAUGGACAGCUGAUUUGUUUUAUCCCACUCUCCGCUUCUGCAGACGUCAUGUGAUUGGUGUUUCUUAUCCUCAAUCAGAAGCUUUUAUUUGUUGCAGCCGGCUUGACCGUCAAUGUGAGGGCUUGUUUAGGCCAAGUAGAUGGGGUAGGAAAAUCAGAAACUUGGGUGCGGAUUUCCCCUACAAAGGCUUCGGGCUGCUACUGUAUCAUCUGUGUCCUUCGUUAGGUAAUGUACUGUAGUGUCACUCUCUACCCGAGGCAGGCUAACUGGCAGCUAUGGCACUCCCAUAGAUAUUGGCAGCAUUUUGGUUUCAUGACCCUGUAAGGGAAAGAAUCCUAUUUCCAUUUUGACUCCUCUGUGUAGAAGGUACGAAUUAAGGAAGCACAAUGGUGUUUACACUGGCCUACCCAGAAUCCCUUGUGUGUGUGUCUCCUUGUACAAGAUAACUGCAGUAAUCUAAACAUGAAGUGGUUUUUGUAUGAUCCUAGUUCCUGUGAACACCCAAGUAUCCCAAUACAAUCUGCAAUGCAAACAGGCUGUGUGAGAAACAUGCUUCAUUGUAUAUGGACAAUGUAGGACUGUUACUUACAUUCCCAUCAACCAAAACCAAUGCACAUAGAUAAUAUUCCCAGGUCAGGCCAUGUUCUGUUAUAUGGAGGCAGAUCUAAAAUGUAGAUUCCUUUUACAUCCUAUCUGGGGGACACUGCUAAGACUGUGGGGUUUAGAGAGUCGUCUGUGCCCAUCAAAGACCCCGCUUAACGGGGUGCAAUGGGAAAAUGUUAUAUAGUCUAAAAACUGACACCAGCGUCUGCCUUGUCUAAAGAUGGGUAUGCCGUAUAGAACUGCAAUCGUUAUUUUUUUCCAUUUGUGAUAUUAAAUCAAAUGUAAAUGAUUUUACUGCUGCCUAUUAGUUAUUCCUCAGUCCUGUCAUGGUUCCCCCGUACUGAUUCAUAGGGUGGUAUGUAAUCGUUGGGAAAAAACAGACACCCAACCGACUUUUCAAACAAUUGAAUAUCCCCCCAUAGUUCAAGUAACUGAAAGGUCAAGCAAAUAGUUUGGGUUUUCCGUAAUGUUCUGCUGCAGCAUUGGUAAAUAAUGCAUUGACUCCUUGCUGAUCCAUUUGGUUGAGUAACUCCCGUCUUCCGGCGCUCUGCUCGGCUGGCGUGCUGAGGCGCGGUUCGUUCCCCCUUGACUCGCGGCAUGCACUGUGAUGAGCGGCCGUACACCUUUCAGGGUUAAGUCUUGGGCCCCGGUUUGUCCCUGACGCACUCAUAGCAUUGCCUUUUGUAUUUAUGUAGCCUAUGUACCACUUAUAGCAAUCUCACUACAUGUAUUACGUCAGCAAGGGUACAAGGUAAUAACUCUGGGUCCCCUCAUCUAAUCAUACUGGAAGACUUAGUUCAGGAUAAACACGUCACUGUUCUUACUCCAUAAUGUGAUCCUUUAACAGUAUUUAUAUGAACUAUUCAACAUGAAUUCAUUGUAUUUCCUGCAAGUGCCACAAGACUUGGGUGAUUGAGUACUCGUGUUCUGUGAAAUCGUUUCUUCAUCUUGUGUAUAAUUUCGGUGUAUAUUGUAUCAUGACCUUUUUGUACAUUCUGCCUAAAACCUUUUCUAUGUCCAUUUACUCUGCAAUUUCCCUUCUAAUUCUCAUCAUGGUUUCUAUGCAUUGCAGCAAUCCAAAGCACCCCUUCUACAAAUAAAGUGGAAAGAAUGACCAGAAUAGAUGCUAUAAAAAUCAACGGAGUACAAUUUCUUGUCAUAGAUGUUCUUAAUUUUUUUUUUUUUUUUUACAGAAUAUUUUAUUGCGAUGGUUGAUGUUAGGGGGAGGAUAAUUAAUAUGUGGGGCUUAUUCAUCUGCUAAAAAAAGGUGAUAUUUUCAAUAGUAUUUUGUCCCACUUUAAAAGGAAUAUGAAAUCCCCAGUUUGUAUACAACUUCUAUAUUCUUCCUUAUGUCUGGCAUUACAUGGUAUAUAUUGGAACGAUGGCCAGACAGCAGUUGGCACCUGCAUGCUAAUAAAAUUUGCUAUAUUAAA